AUGGGACCAGCACCUGUAAGAACGUUUUCAUCAUCACUUUCAUCAGCACCUUCAUCAUCUACUUCAUCACCUUAUUGUUAUCAACGUUAUCAAUAUUAUUAUAUUCGUAUUGAAUUUCUAUUUUUGAGAUCUAUAGAUUUUUUAUUUCCAUCAUCGCGUUCAUCACCAUCACCAUAA